CAUGUUGAAAAGUUGUCCCACCGUGAAGUAUUUUAUGCAUUUGGGGGAAAUUGUCGAAAGUUUUCCAAUCUGAAGGUCGAAAUACAUUCAACCCUGAAAUCUGUUCGAUUUAAAUACAUUUUCAUUGCAUUAAUUGGACCAUGCAAAUGUGGGGUACAGCAUUAGUUCUUGUUUUAACCGUUUGUGCUGCUUCAAAUGUUGAUUGCACUAAAAACGUGACCAAGCGUAGCAUACGCGAUACAGUCGAAUGUCAUGAGGAUGGACGUUUUUACCGAGACCCCGAUAGGCCAGUUCAUAAAAUCUGGACAAAUACAGAAUGUUCCAAAUAUUACUUGUGCCUGGAAAAGGAAGUCUUUGAAUUUAAAUGCUCCGAAGGUUUAUUAUUCGAUGUGGUUCGACAAAUUUGUGAUUUUAAACAAAAUGUUGAUAAUUGUGAUGUAACUGCUGAGGCUCGUGUACCUAAGCCACUUCUUGCUGAUGCCGAUUGCCAAGAUGAUAGCCAACUGGGAUGUGCUGAUGGAACAUGUCUACCAAAUGAGUAUUUCUGUGAUGGAUCAGUUGAUUGUCCUGAUGGAUCAGAUGAGGGUUGGUGCGACGUUGACAGUGAUCCAAACGCUGCUGAUGCCUGUGAUCCCGCUGCCUGUAAACUACCCGACUGUCAUUGCUCCAAAGAUGGAACAAUUAUUCCUGGUCGCUUGGAUCCCCACCAAGUUCCCCAAAUGAUUCUUUUAACUUUCGAUGAUGCUGUGAACUUUGAUAAUUGGGAACUUUUCUCGAAAGUAAUUUUCACCCAAAAUCGCAAAAAUCCCAAUGGAUGUCCAAUAAAGGGAACAUUCUAUGUAUCCCAUCAAUAUACUAACUAUCAAUUUGUACAGAAAUUAUGGAACGAUGAUCAUGAGAUUGCAGUUCACUCUGUAACUCAUCGCGGUCCAGAACUAUGGUGGUCCAAAAAUGCCACCAUUGAGGAUUGGUUCGACGAAAUGGUUGGACAAGCUAAUAUCAUCAAUAAAUUUGGUGCCGUUCGCAUGGAAGAGAUUCGUGGAGUGCGUGUACCAUUUUUGCGUGUUGGAUGGAAUCGACAAUUUCUAAUGAUGAAGGAAUUUGGUUUCAUAUUCGACUCGACGAUGGUGGCGCCAUUUACCAAUCCACCACUUUGGCCUUACACACUUGAUUACAAGAUGCCACAUAGCUGCACUGGAAUGAAUCAAAAUUGCCCUUCGAGAAGUUAUCCGGGUAUUUGGGAGAUGGUAAUGAAUCAAUUGGAAGCUGGUGAAUACACCUGUGGCAUGGUAGACAGUUGUCCGCCACAUUUGAGUGGAGAAGAUGUCUAUCGUAUGUUGACUCAUAACUUUAAACGACACUACUUAAGUAAUCGAGCUCCGUUUGGGCUAUUUUUCCAUUCGACAUGGUUCAAGAAAAUCGACUAUCUUGACGCCUUCUUGAAAUUCCUCGAUGAUCUACAAAAGCUUCCUGAUGUUUAUUUCGUGACAAACCAUCAAGCUAUUCAAUGGAUGCGUCAUCCAACACCUAUCAAUCAACUCCAUCAAUUCGAACCUUGGCAUUGCAAGUCAAAGUCUUUGGAACCACAAGAAGUUGUUUGCAACAUUCCAAAUACUUGCAAACUUCGUAGCAGAGUACUGCAGCAAGACCGUUAUUUCUACACGUGCAAAGAAUGCCCGCCACAAUACCCAUGGCUACGAAAUGAGUUCGGAUUGGACUAAGCAGCCCCUUGGGAAGCCCCAAAUAAUUAAUAUACAUAAUUUCUUUUAAUAUCUAGAUAGAUAAUUAAUUUAUUUAUUUUCUCAUUCUUAAUAUCUAAGCGAAUUACAAUAUUAUUUUAACGUGGCUUUGUAUUAUUAUUUUUUUCGUAUC